AUGUCUCUCCUCCGCCAGCACGUCCGUGGUGCCGCCCGCAGUCUCUUUCCUUCAUGCUUGCUCUCUCAUAGCCCUAGUCAUGUGCGGCGCACCGUCCAUACCAAGGAUGUCGCGCAGAACGCGUCUCAAACGCGGCCUACCCAUCCAAGGGUGGUGUUUUCCGGGAUACAGCCCACUGGAAUGCCUCACCUGGGCAAUAUGCUCGGCGCGCUCAUGAACUGGGUCAAGCUUCAGCGAGAAGCCGCACCAGAAGACAAGCUCAUCUUCUCGAUCGUCGGGUGGCACGCCCUUACGCUACCUCAAGAUCCCAAGGAACUCAGCGCUGCGCGGAGAGAGAUACUUGCCGUUCUAUUGGCGUGUGGGAUUGACCCCAAGCGGUCGAUUGUGUUCCACCAGGACGAGAACCGGCACCAUGCGGAGCUUGCCUGGAUCUUGAACUGCAUCACACCCAUGGGGAAGUUGCACAGGAUGACCACCUGGAAGUCCAGGCUCGCCGCGUCUCGGAACGCCCGCGAUGAUUCGGAGGUAGACGAGUCUCUCCUCAACGUUGGGCUCUUCACCUACCCUGUAUUGCAAGCCGCAGAUAUCUUAGCUUACAAGACUACGCACGUGCCAGUUGGUGAAGACCAACAGCAGCAUAUCGAGCUGUGCAGAGACCUGGCGGUCACCUUCAACAAGACGUUCAAGGGGGGCAAGGACGACCCGCCAGUGUUCCCUCUGCCUCGCCAUGUCAUUCCUUCGACGUCAUGUCGAGUGCUCUCGCUAAAGGACCCGUCGUCGAAGAUGUCGAAGUCGUCCCCUGAUGUCAACUCCCGGAUCCUCCUCACCGAUUCGGCUGAGCAGAUCAACAAGAAGAUCCGCAGGGCAGUAACCGACUCGAUCACGGGGAUCUCCUAUGACUCCGACACGCGUCCCGGAAUUGCCAACUUGGUUGACAUCCUUGCUGCAUGCGAGGACGCCAAGCCUCAAGACGUCGCUGUGCGCUACGCGAACAGGAGCCACGCCGAGUUCAAGAUGGACGUUGCGGAGGCCGUGGAGGGGCUCAUGAGCGGGCCGCGACGCGAGUUCGAGCGUCUUCGCCGAGACAUUGCGUAUCUCGACUCGGUCAGCAAGUCGGGCGCAGCGCGCGCGAUGGAGAUCACCGAAAAGACGAUCGACGAGGUCCGCAAGCGUACCGGACUCUACUAA